GGUGGGCGGCGGGUGGGGCGCAUGUCACGAAUUGGUCCCGCCCGUCCAAUAAUGGCCGGACUUGGACGCCGACGCGCUCGCCGAGGUGUAUAAAAGGCGCGGCCGUCCCGCAGGACGCCCAUGACGGAGAGACAUGGCGAUGUGGGACCCCGCGCUGCUCGUGCUGCUGGCGCUCAGCUUGCCCGGGGGCGCCGACGUGGCCCCCAAGUCCGAAGAGUCCGGCGAGCCCUGCUCGUCCUGCACCUUCCGCAACCACUCGCGACACCUGCGGCUCGAGGCCAUCAAGACGCAGAUUCUGAGCAAACUGCGCCUCAAGCAGCCGCCCAACAUCAGCCGGGACGCCGUCAAGCAGCUGCUGCCCAAAGCGCCGCCACUGCUGCAGCUGCUCGACCAGUACGACGUGCUCGGGGACGGCGGCAGCGACGUCGAGCUGGAGGAGGACGACUUCCACGCGACCACGGAGAGCAUCAUCGUCAUGGGCACAGAGCCUGAUCCGGUGGUCCAGGUGGAGGGGAAGCCCACCUGCUGCUUGUUCACCCUGAGCCCCAAGGUGCAGCCCAGCCGCAUCGUGAAGGCCCAACUCUGGGUGCACCUGCGCCCCUCGCAGGAGCCGCUGACCGUGGUGCUGCAGAUCCUCCGCCUGAAGCCCGCCAUGGGGCCGGAUGCCAGCCGCCACAUCCGCAUUCGCUCCCUAAAGCUGGACGUCACCCCGGGGAGCAGCGCGUGGCAAAGCGUCGACUUCAAGCAGGUGCUGCAGUUCUGGCUGCGACAACCCGAGACCAACUGGGGGGUUGAAAUCAACGCGCUGGACCCUUCUGGGAAGGACCUGGCAGUGACCACCCCUGCUGCCGGUGAGGAGGGCCUGCAACCAUUCCUGGAGGUGAAGAUCGCCGAGACCCCCAAGCGGCUGAGGAGGGACGCGGGCCUGGACUGCGACGAGCACUCGUCUGAAUUUCACUGCUGCCGCUACCCGCUGACCGUGGACUUCGAGGCCUUUGGCUGGGACUGGAUCAUCGCGCCCAAGCGAUACAAAGCCAACUACUGCUCUGGCGAGUGCGAGUCCGGGCACCUGCAGAAGUUCCCUCACUCCCACGUGGUCCACAACACCAACCCCAGGGGCUCCGUGGGGCCCUGCUGCACCCCCACUAAGAUGUCGCCCAUCAACAUGCUCUACUUCAAUGGCAAAGAGCAGAUCAUCUACGGGAAGAUCCCGGCCAUGGUGGUGGACCGCUGCGGCUGCUCCUGAGGCGGGCGCCACCGCUGCUAUGUUUCUCACGUUGGCAAACUUUGCGCUUCCCUGGCUGGGCCUGGAGAAAACUCGAGCAAAGCCUCGGCCACCGGACUCGAGGUCUGUCCCCUACGAGUCCGGGCCACUUGAUCCCAUGUUCAACUCUCACACACUGACUGCUGCCACAAAUCUGUAAG